AAAUAAAUAAAAUAAUAUAAAAAAGCACUCGCUCCUUAAUUUACGACGUUUGCGCGUACGCGUGACGUUUUGCCGUCGCAAGGCCUGACUGGUGAAGAGGAAGAAGAAACAAUAACAAUCCAGUUCUGUGCUGGUUGGAAGGGAGACUAGUUUAACACUUCUGUAUAUUUUUUUACUCUCACACUUAAGUUCAUCGACAUCAUACAGAAUUUUUUACUCGUUUGUUAUACUCGUACAGGCCAGAAUGUCUUUGUUUGGAAAGUUGUUUGGUAGCACUGGAAAGGGGGUUAAAUCUCCUAGCCCCCAAGAGGCUAUCCAGCGACUUCGAGAAACAGAGGAAAUGUUGACGAAGAAACAAGAAUUUCUGGAAAAAAAGAUUGAACAAGAACUUGUCACGGCAAAGCGAAACGGUACAAAAAACAAACGAGCUGCUUUGCAGGCAUUGAAGCGUAAGAAGCGAUAUGAGAAGCAGCUGGCUCAGAUUGAUGGGACAUUAUCCACAAUUGAGUUCCAGAGAGAGGCACUGGAGAAUGCAAAUACUAACACGGAAGUCAUCAAGAACAUGGGCUUUGCUGCCAAGGCCAUGAAGGCUGCUCAUGAUAACAUGGACAUAGACAAAGUGGAUGAACUCAUGCAGGACAUCACAGAGCAGCAGGAGCUGGCACAAGACAUCUCAAAUGCAAUUUCAAAACCUGUUGGAUUUGGUGAGGAGUUCGAUGAAGAUGAGUUGCUGGCAGAGCUGGAAGAGCUGGAGCAGGAGGAGCUAGAUAAAAACCUGUUGGAGAUUGGUGGCACAGAAAAUGUUCCCCUUCCUAAUGUACCCUCCACAUCUUUACCUUCUAGACCAGCAAAGAAAAAAGAAGAGGAGGAUGACGAUGACAUGAAGGACCUGGAAGCCUGGGCAGCCAAUUAAUACUGUUGUUUACCACUCACAUAUUCAAAUCCACCCUACACAGCUGGUGAAACCGAACUUACUUGAUGGUUUAAUGUGAGUGUUGGGUUGACAAGAUUAGUUACUUGCAUGGUUAUACAAAAAAAACACUGCAACUGGAAACUGAUACUUCUACUCAAAGAAACUCCUGGGCACUUUUACCAAUUCAGCACAAGUUAUCCAACUUAUUCAUUUGCAUUAUGUGUUUGAAUUUGUUUGUGCUGUGUCAUUGGUGGAUCAGAGUGAAGACAGGCAAAAUGCCUCAAUGUGGAGUUGUUUUCUCUGGUUGACACUCUUUGUUCAAAAACAUUAAUUUUUAUGUUAAGGUAAGUGUUUUCUUCAAGAAACAGAUACAUCCACUUUAACAAACAAUACGUCCACAAAAAACUGCUGAUAGUCAUUUUAGCCAUUGUUUGAUAUUUUCCUCUCCAACUAUUAGGACAAAGUUUAACCAACACUAAUAAACCUAAUUUACUUACUUGAAUAAAACUAAUUUUAUAAUAAAUGCACAAUGUUUAGUUUUUGCAUGGGUAAGUGUAUGUUAGUCAUGAUCUUACUUCCACAUUAAGCUUCAUUUAAGUGCUGAAUUAGUUGGUGUGAAUAUCUUAAAACUCAGACUAAGUGCCCUGUUUGCAAAGAGCUUAUUAAAAUAUUCAUUGUAAACAUCUUGAUUUUGAGUUUGUGUCUGGUUUUCACCAGGAUUUGUUACACUAGUGAUGGCUUUUUGCUUUAUAGAAACAAUUGUUUUAGUUUAAUGUUCUAAAUUUCUUCUAAGGGUUUUGGUGGCAUAUUUACUGUCAUGAUUUACAUUUGAGAGUUGGUUACAGUUCUGAAUUCAUUGGAUUUUUUUAUUAUUAUUUUUUUUUUUACAAAGUCUAUUUAUACAACUUUUGCCUGUUUAUUUAAUUCUAAUUUUCUGGGGUAAGAAAAAUUUACCAUACAAAACUGUUAGUCACAUUAUAAAAAACACGUCAAUAUAAAACAUGCUGAUAUAAUAAAGAAAAGAAAAUAAUACAGAUUGCCUCUAUGCUACUACUAUUAACAUAUAUUGCCCUUUAUGAUGUUCAUUGAAAGUUAAACAUAAUUAUGUAUUGAUUUGUUGAUUACAUGCAUAUAGACAAUAUCAUGUAAAACCUUAAACCGAUUUGACUGGAUUAUGUUAAUGUCCUUUCAGCUAUGUAAAGAACACAUCUGAAUCAACGUGAGGCAGUGCACACUGAUUUGUACAGCAUCUGUAAGAAGUAGCUUUAAUGCAUUUAUUUGUUUAUUUUACCUUGUUGGAGUCAUUAUUAAAUAUAUUGAAUAUUAUUAA